AAAAUUUCAAGAAAUGCAAAAGUCCGCUUCCAUUAUCUCAAAACCCUAUGCUAGAUUAGAAUAUGAUAUACCCGAGAGAUACAGGAACGCGUUUUAUCUUGCAAAUGCGUCCUUUUUCGAUAGUACAAAUUGGUUUUUGCAUAGUGCUUACGAAGUAGUUUUCCCAUUUUUAAAAAAUAGCUACAGACAUAAUGUGAAGCCAUUAGGAAUCAGUGACAGUAAAAUCCAUGCAAAAUUAGAAAAUGUCAUCGAAAGCAUAGAUCAAUGCAACUCCAUUAUCGAUGUUAGAUUUCCACUAAGAAGAGAAAACGGAAAUCUAGAAGUUAUCAGAGGAUUUCGGGCUCAUUAUGGAGAGUCUAUCCAAAACACACCUUGUUUAGGAGGAUUGAGAAUUCACGAAGACAUUACAAGAGAUCAUAUGAAAGCCCUUUCAGUAUUGUCAGCUAUGAAGAAUUUUUGUUUGGGUACAGGCCUAUCUGGAGCCAUGGGCGGCAUUAAAAUCAACCCUGAAGAAUAUUCAGAAAAGGAAUUGAGAAAUAUGAUUGAUCUUUAUGUUGCAGAACUAUUUAAGAAGGGAUAUUGUAAUCACUUGGAUGUUUUUCACCCAGAUAUCAAUACAUCACAUAAAUACAUGAAAUGGAUUUGUGAGGCUUAUGCUACAUGCUCUGGACAAAGUAUUAAUGCAGCAUCCACCGGAAAGCCUUUGGAAUAUGGCGGGAUAGAGGGCUAUGAUAAAGCUGCUGCUUUAGGAGCCUUUAAGGCUUUAGAAUCCUUGAAUAAUGCAGAAGUCCUAUUGAAAACUGGUUGCAGUAAAAUGGGUCUAAAAAAUAAAAGGUUUAUAAUACAGGGACUAGGCAAAGUAGGAAAACCAUUAGCAUUAUUGCUAUUGGAAAAUGGAGCAAUAUGUGUAGGAGUAAGAGAUCAUGAUGCUUAUUUGUAUGAUGCCAAAGGAAUUGAUUUGAAAGAACUAUUCAUACAUAAAGAAAAACACAAUACAAUUGAACAUUUUGGUUUGUCAAAAACUGAAUUUCCUACUUCAAUUUUCACUGAAGAGUGUGACAUUCUUGUGCUGGCAGCCACUCAAAAAAGUUUAACUUGUUCUGUUGCUAAAGAUGUUAAAGCAAGAGUGAUUCUAGAAGCUGCAGAUGGUCCAAUUACACCAAUGGCACACAAAAUUUUAAUAACCAAAUCAAAACUCGUUAUUCCGGAUAUUUAUGCUUGUGCUGGAUCAAAUGUGAUUUCGUAUUUUGAAUAUCUUCGGAAUAUGCAGCAGAUCGGAUGUGGGGCUGAGAAUGUAUUGAGAUGUAGCACAAAAAUUUAUACAGAUAUAUUUAACAAUACCUCUCAAAGUCAAAAAGUAAUUGUUGGUGGAUCGAAGACUCAAUGUGACAUUUUUAAACCUUUAGAUUGUGAUUUUACGAAAAAUGCUAUUGAAUUUAUUUACACAGAAGUAGGACAGGAAAUAUCGAAAAAUUUAGAAUCUUUGAAGCUUGGUGUAGAUGUUAGAUCUGCGGCAUAUGCGGUGGCUAUUAAAAAUGUUUUUAAAAUUAUUUUUGAACGAAAAACCGAUGUAAUUUCGAAUGUAGAAAUAUGAAAAAUAUGGUUUUAAUUAAAUUAUUUGGUUUUUGCAUAGGGCCAAUCUUGUGCAUUUAACUAUUGAAUUGGUAAUCAUCCUUCUACAGCUGCAUCCAGCAUGUUUUCUAACAGUUCAUUUACUGCAUGUUUACAUCUCUAACUUGUUCAAGUUGAUUUAGCAGUGAAACUUUGCAGAAGCUAUGCAAAUAAAUAAACUCUCAAUAUUCUCAGGAAUAAGAUUCAGGAUCUUUGUCGCCAAGUACCUAAUUCAUAAAUCUAAAAUAAUUAUUUUUGUUACUAAAAUUAUUGCAGGUAUUUAUUUGAAGUAAAAUAAAUUUCAUACAUUUGAACACAUUAUGUUACAUUCGGUACAAAAUGGUAACUCUUUAUUGGUAAGCGUAGCUUAAUAAGUAACUAUAUUCUACUAUGUAAAUCGAUUUUUACAUUUUUACUUAUUUUCAUUAAAAAAAAAUAUAUCAUUUAUAAAUGUAAAACUAUUUACAGCACAAAAUCCAUUAUUUUGUACAUUUCAUGACAGGCAAGGAACCUAAAUAGUUAAAAUUAUCUACAUAAUAACUUACUACUUAUAAUAGUGAAUUCCGUGUAAUGGUAAGAGAUCUAUGUGUGAAAAAAAGAUUCACUAUUAAUCCUUUACACUGGCUCAAAUACAGAAUAAUCUCUAUGAGAAUAUUAUUUUCCAAUUGGUGGCAAAUAUUCUCUAGUUGGCUCUUGAGGCCUACCUCCAGGCCUUUGGCCAUUCGUAUAUCCACCAUUCUGUUGCUGUCCGCCAGGAUAUCCUUCACCCGAAGGCUGUUGACCAUUAGUAUACCCAGCACCAGGAGAAGGCUGUUGGCCUCCAGGAAAACCUGAAGGUUGCCCACUUGGGUAUCCAGCACUGGGUUGUUGACCACCCGGUCUUUGCCCAUUUUGCCUUGGCGGUAAAUAUCCGGGCCUUUGUGUUGGUUGGCCAGAGCCUGGGAAUGAUCCUUGAGACGAUUGUCCAGGCGUUGAAGGUCCUUGAGGGCCAGUAGGUCCAAAGGCUGGUCCUUGUGGGCUUCCAGAAGGAUAACCUUGUUGUUGCUGGCCAGUUCUCUGAGG